UUUUUUUGUGAGGUAUACACAGCUGUAUUUGAAAUGGAUGGAAAUUUAAAUAUUGAUAUUGAAGAAAAUGGAGCCGAUAUUUUGGCUGAAGAAUUGGCCAGACUCCAGCGACAAUACAUGCUCAUGGAAAGUAACAAAAAAGCUUACACCGAAGAAAUGGGCAGUUACUUAACCAAACAGAGGAAAAUAGUAUCAACACUAGAACAAGAAAAACAGACCCUAUAUGAAGACAUAAACAUUUGUACAGGCAAACGGAAAGAGUCGGAUAACACACAUCUAAAAGAAUGCUUAGUUGACAAAUGGAAUGAGUUCAUUUCUGCAAACGAUGAAUUAGAAGAACAAAAAAAAUGUCACGAUGAAAUCGAUAAAGAAGUAUUGAAAAUACAAAACGAACUGGAUACUACACUCAAACAGCAAAGAGAACCUUCGGCUAGUAAACUAAAUAAAGUCGAACGCAACACUUGCAAACACGAGGAAUUGUUAGAAAAUAAAUUGCACGUGAAAACCGUAAAGUUCAAUAAGGUUUUAACGGAAAAUUCGCACCUCAGGAAAGAAAUCGAUAAUCUACUUGUGCAACGGUCACAGUUCAAUGAAGCGUAUAGAAUUUUAACAGCGCGUUUAGAUGAUAACAAACGUUUAAUGAUGGACUUAAUUGAACAAGCGACCACUGCUUAUGAACAAAGAGAAGAUGCACAGAGCAAAUUAAAAGUCAUGAGCAGUGAAGACAAACAACAUGUAGCUGUAUACAAAGCAGAAGUGAAAGAACUGCAAAGACAACACGAACGCGAUUUGAAACUACAAGAUUUCUUAUCCGUUAAAGGACAACAUCGAUUACUUAUGGAUUACGAACGAAAGGAAAAGGAAAGAAAACAAUCAGAACUGAGCAACCGCAAAGAGCAGUCGGAAAAAUGGUCUGAUCUAUUGAAUUGGCUGCAGCUUUAUGUUGGCGAACGAAACGUGGACCGAAUCGUGGAUUUGUUUGCCCGUCAAGAAGAAGAGAACUUUGCUUUGUUUACAUACAUCAACGAACUCAACAGUGAAGUGGAUGACUUGCACAAAGAUACUUCGGCGCUUGAAAACCGCGUAGAAGACCAAAGGAUGGUCAACGAGGCUAGAGCAUCGAAACAAGAGGAAAAUAUGAACACUUUGAGAAUGGAGCUUCAAGAACUUAAAGAUAACGUCCACACGGAAAACGUUAAAAUUAACUCGAUACAUGCUGAAUUAACAAAACUAUUGGGGUCCGCCGAGAAACUAUUUUUGUCCAUACAAUGCAACAUUUCGCCAGUGUACAAAAUCCUCGGAGACGAUCUGCAUGCCAACAUGUACAAUAUGACGUUCUACGUAGAUCUUAUCGAAUCUAAGAUAUUGAAUGCUGUUAAAAAUUAUAGUAAAAAAUAACACAUAUAUGUGUAUAAGAAAUAUAUUAUUCUAGUAUUAAUUUAAAUUUAAAUGUUGUAGGUAUAAAAUGUAAACUUCAGAGACUUUACUAAUUUUUAGCAUUUAUUAUUAUUAUUAUGUUGUAUUAUAUAUAU